UCACAGGUUUAAUCCAUGGAUUCCGCCGGUACUCCUCAAAAAGAAGAGAUUUUUUUUCAUCAUCAUCUCUCUAUCUUCUCGUUCCUGGUGGAUUUCUUCCCAUGUUCUGGGAUAGCUAGACCUGGUGGUGGCGUAGAGACGAAGAAGAGCAAGCAAUCUGCUAUUGCUAAGCAGAUUGUGCUCAAUCUCUUUGUAAAGAUCUCUACUUUCCUUAGUUUUAUCGUCACUUUCCUUUUUUGAUUUCUUUGGUUGCUCUUAUAGCUGGAUCUUCUAUUGAAAAGCAGAUUGUGCUCAAUCUCUUUAUGACGAGCUCUAAUUUCCCAAAUUUUAUUAUUAUUAUUUUCCUUGAUUUGGAUUUCUUCGGCUGCUCUUGGUUGCUCGAGAGCUGGGUCUGGUGGUGACGUAGAAAGGAAGAAGACUGGAGAGCUAGGGCAGGUGGAGGCGUAGAGAGGAAGAGCGUAGCAAUCUCUCAUUGAGCACUGGGGAGAUCUUGAUGAAUGAGUGAAAUAUCAUCGACAACUAACUGGAACUAGCAUUUGGCAAGAAGCCUUGCACAUUCAGUAAAGUAACAUUUGAAGUUCCAAAUCUCUACAUCAUGGCACAGAGAACAAAUGCCCUCAAUCACAAUGGAGGCACUGUCAAGGUCGGCACAACUGGCACAAUCAGUUCCUUGAUGACUCGAGAGUUAGAAUCCAUCAAACGCCCAGACCAAACACGCCCUCCCACACAGCGAAAACAACAAACAGCGCCUGUGUCCAUACCCUGUGUUGCUAAUCCGAGGAAAGCAUUGCAGAAAAGAAACCAAAUUAAUGAACAAGGAAGCAGCAGCAACUACAAUGGCGGCGGUAGCAAUACAGGGCACACUAAUUGUGCAAGCAACAUCAAAUGUCACAAGCUUCGGCAUGCGCCACGAAAAAAUGGACACAAGAUUCCAAUGCUAGUAUCUGAUGGUAGUCCGAUGGACCAAACUCUGAACAAUUUUAAGGCAGAAAAGAAAGCACACUCUUACAUCGUGGAGGUUGUAGACCUAAAGUGCAGCAAUCCAAUGAGCACCCGGUUGAAGAAACUUGGCUUCUCAAAGCUCUCUGAAUCAAUAUCCUAGCUCUCGGAAUCAGUAUCCUAUUGCUGCAAUCCUUGUGACAUCACUAGAACAAUCAUCCACCUACUUGAGCCUGGCUUCAAAUUAGAUUUUAUGUUUCACAUCAGAAUCCAGAUCCAAGUGAUUUUUUCCAUGGUCAACUACCUUAUUUUCGGUUGAUCUCCAAUCUGAGGGCUACAAUGCAUCUCUGUGAUGCAAAAUGGUGUUCUUUGUUGCUAAUUUUGUUCAGUAGCUUAGAUUUACUAGUGCAUACAACAGCUUUGGCACCUGAA